AUGCCUAACUCUCAGAGAUGGACUGCUGCUGCGCGCCAGGUGUUCCGCAGCACCAGCGCCCUCCACUCAUGGCAGCGACAAGGUGUCCUUCAUGCUGGGAGUCAUCGGUGGACAAGUCCACGUUGCCAGACCAGGGCUUUUGCUGCUACGCCGGGCGCGGAUUUCGAGAAGCAGCUUAUGCCAGAGGACAUUCUUCACCUGCGUGCCCUGUCCAUGACCAUCAUGCAGGAUCCAAUCUGUGAGCUCAAGGCAGAAGAGGUGGAGCGCUACGUUCUCGACCUGAGAGAUCCCAUCGGCGAGCUGCCGUUGUGGCAUCCGACAAGGCUAAUGCACCAGAUCGGCGAUCCCUUUCGAGUGCGGAAGCUGACGGUGGCCAGAUAUCACAAGCUGAUCAUAGAGAGACUUGACAACGAGCCUCUCCUUGACGCGUUCGGCGUGGAUGCGGGAUUCAACAUGCAGUCCUACUUCAUGAUCCUGCACGCGUGGCUGAUUCACCAGCGAUUGGUGCUGGAAGGUUCUAAGGCCAGAAAAGUUGAUGAGGAGCUGUUUGAGCACUGCUGGAACCUGACAAGGUCAUGGUUGGUGCUCAAACGAGUGCCCGAGUAUAGAUUCGAUGCCGAGCUGCAGAACGUACAAGAGUACAUGCUUGGAGUCUGCAUUGCGAUGGACAAGGCUUUGGAGAGGCCAGAUGUGCUUCCCGCCCGGGUUCAACAGUGCCUUUGGGCCAACAUGUACUCUGGCUCGGUCAAAAAAGAUCACAAAGGCCUCACUCGACUGACGAAGUACAUGCUGAGACAGCUUGGGCUUAUGCUUCAGCUGGACUCAGAUCGUUUCCUCAGCGGUCAAUUUGUAUGGGCAGAUUUCCCAGUUCGUGAUAAGCCGCGCAAACCGUUGGUGCUGCCGGAGUGGCGCGCCAGGUUCAGAGUGGAACUCGAGGAGAACAUCGCAGACAUGGAUCCUACCAACCCUACAAAUCCGUUCCGUGAGCGGAUUGACCGAACCUUGAGCUCAUCAGAGCCACAAGACAAGUUAGGGAAGUAG